AUGAUGACGUUCUACAUGAAUUGCUGGCUGGUAGUGGAAGUGGAACUGUUUAGAGUGAAUGUCGGGCUAUAAACUGAAGAAUACUUGAAUAACAUUGCAUAAGAAAGCAAUAAGAAGGUAUUUGAAUGAAUGACUAAUCGAAACGAUAUAGCAGUCUGACCUAUUGAUGCCAAUUACCUAACCAGAGAAGGCGAUAGUGAAUAAGAGGAAAACAGCGAUAUAACGGACUGAAGCUAAAAGUGCGAUUGAAGCCAUUUUCUCCUCAGACGAGGAGCGUGGUAACGUGACAUCAUGAAUGUGGGCACGGCACACAGCGAGGUGAACCCCAACACACGGGUAAUGAACAGCCGGGGCAUCUGGCUCUCCUACCUCCUGGGCAUCGGCCUGCUGCAUGUCAUCCUGCUCAGCAUCCCCUUCGCCAGUGUGCCCGUGGUCUGGACGCUCACCAACCUCAUACACAACCUGUGCAUGUACCUGUUGUUACACUUGGUGAAAGGAACCCCGUUUGAAACUCCGGACCAGAGCAAGGCUCGCUUCUACACAUACUGGGAGCAGAUGGACUAUGGUGUACAGUUCACUGCCUCACGCAAGUUCCUCACCAUCACUCCUAUCGUCCUCUACAUCCUCACCAGCUUCUACACCAAGUAUGACCGGGCCCACUUUGUGGUCAACACGGUCUCCCUGAUGACCGUGCUCAUUCCCAAGCUCCCCCAGCUUCACGGAGUUCGGAUCUUUGGCAUUAACAAGUACUGAUGGGGCGGAAGAGGACACCGCCAUUCCUCCAAUCUCCCUGUGGACUGUAAACACAGAGUAUCAGGCCCCGCCGCAUUGGCCCCCAGCCCAUAGGGAUCCAUGGCCCCUCUCUGGCUCACAGGGCUAUUGAGCACUCUGCUAAAUGAAACCUAUGGGCGAUAAACAACACAGAAUUGACUUACAGGGCUCGGCUGGGUCCGAGCUCCUAUGUGGUCCUAUUGAAGCUGUGCUGUGGUGUUUAUUUGUGGUUCCUUUUAUGUCCAUUUGAUUUAAUUCACAGAGAACACUGCAAGUGACGGCUUUGAGGACAUACAGUAGUAUGAGAUGUAUUGAGAUUGAGUUACAAUGUGGAGAGGAGAAACCUCGGAGCAGUUUGAUCCUGAGAAAAGUGAGACUCAGACAUUUUGGAAGUUAUGUCACUCAGUUAUGGAUGCCCUCUAGAAUUAGAACUACAUUUCUUUAGCAUCUUGUCCUCACAAGGCUCAUCCUCUCUUUCUCUCAUAAGAAAGGACAGACUGCUAGAGAAAAGGUUAGCUCGGGAGUUGCUCUGACUGUUGCAGUGGUCAGACAGGAGGGACCACAGGGUUUAUAUUUAGCCCCCCUUGACCACUCAGUCUGAGUUUGGAAAGUUUAAGCAACACUUAUUUUAUCUGAUCAUUUCCAUAUUUAGAUUGCCUUGCUCUGAUUUGAACCAGAGUAAAGGUCUGUUCACAUUGCAGUCUUUAAUCUACAGUGCAGAGUAGACAUGCUCAGGCCCCAAAGCUAAUUCCAGCUUUGUGAAUCUGUUGUAUUUACAUUUCAGUUGGGACCCUUAGGGCAGAAGAUGAAAAGCAGGUUAGGCGAUUCAUGUUCAUGGAAAACAUUUGUGCAUACAUAUUGCAUACUCUAAGUCAGGGUUCCCCAACUGGCCCUUGGGUGGUUUUAUUUGUCCCCUCAAAGUUUUCUGAGAUUUUCAUUGUAGGACAUAAAAGACUGUAGAAACACCAGGAAAUCAGCUCCCAAGUGAUUUCAAUUUAACAAAUCUGUUCCCAAGUAUUCCCACGCAUAAUAGAGAGACGUGAAAUGAUUAUGUUUUAGUCAGACAUAUCUGUUUGGGCGUCUUGCGGUCAAUUUGCAGUCUACAAAUUAUUAGUAAUUAUGUUCCGGCCCUCUGACCAUCCGCUCAAGAAAAAAAACAACCCGCGGCUGGGUCUAGUUGAUGAUCCCUGUUCUAAGUAUUGUAUAUUCAACAAUAAUAGAUUGCAGUGCUGUAUGGGCUUAAAGACUUCCUUCAAACUGCACGUAGAGACAUAAAAAUUGUAUCCAUGACUUCAUCCGACUGGGUAAGUAGAAAAUAGGGCUUGAUUGACAAAAUCUCAAACUAUCCCUUCAGUUGAUACAAAGGCUAUAAAUGUGUUAUGACAUGUUGUAAUGUUGGUGUUUUAAUAAGGUACCAAGUACAGAUAGAUACUGGGAGUUUGCCACAUAGCAUGUAUUUACACUCUUUGAGCAGAGUCAUCAUGGCAACAACAUGGCAACAAACACAAAACAAGCGUAUUUAAAAAGGGGAAACGGAAACUGAGAACUACGCAGCACAAAGUGUUGUGUUCAGAACUGACACUCAGUUUACUCCGAUUGAAGAGAGGUUGUGAUAAUUGAGAUGAAUGUUUGUUUGAUAUGAAUUCCCAGAGUCUUUCACACAGCGUUAGAUAACCCCCCAACGGAAAUUCUGGCAAUGAAAGGGAGAAAAGGACUUAGUGGAACAUUUUCAUAUCCACAAAAUGCACUAUAAUCAAAUAUGAAUGGCUUCAGUGGAUUUUAGCAAGUGCAGAGAAGAUUUAUUAAUUACACUUAUGACUGACAGGGUUUCAAUGUACAACCAUUAGAGAUAAUGCAUAUUGUUUUUUAUUAGAAGUAAAAAACAAAGUAUGUGCGCCUUCCUAGUUUGUUAGCACAGUAGGUAGCAAAGAACACGAGUGUUUUUCAAUGUGUGUGAGGUCUGUUGCACAGGAGCAAUGUGAUGUUUAUGUGUGAUCUGACUGGUACAGAGCACAGGACUUUAUUCGUUUGAUUGUGUAACAACAUUACAGUCUUAUGAAAUUGUAGGUACUCGCUUGAUAGUGGAUUAGGAAAAAUAUAGCUUAGGGCUUUCUUGGCACUUAAGUUCAGAAGGAGGAUGGACUAUUGUAAAUAUAUUUUACAAAUGAAAACCUAUAACAAUGAGGGUUAAAAUGUUUGUGUUUUUGUUUUGUUAAGAGUAGGCCUACAUAGAAAAAACACAUAGUUCUACAGGCAAGCAAACAGUUCUUUCUUUCUAGUGAAUACCUGUACAUGAUAGGCAUUGUUUAGUCCAACCACACAGAAUAGCAUGCUUAUCUCUGGCAUUUGGUUUCAGUGAAUGAGGAUCGUAACUUCAGUGGGUGUACCAAUGUUAUUCAAAUACAUAUAGUACACCUGAAUACAGUUGGUCAAUUCCUGACAAAUGUACAGUAGCAAGCGAUAUUAACAUAACUUAUGUUGGCCUUACGCCCUUAGCAGUAUUUUGUCGUGGUGUAUAAAAACCUACCCAGGCCUCGAAGUCAUCCUACCUUCAAAGAACUCUGCUCAUGUUUAAAGUUGUUGAGCAGGAAAAGUCCAUUAUGAAAACCUUCGGUGGGAGUUUUUGCCUCUAUUCUAAAUGGUCAUUUAAAGUAGUGUUAAGCUGAAAACAUGUUAGCUUAUGUAGAGAUAAGUCUUUCUGUUACAUAUGAGAAUAGUGUAAUUUUUAGGUUGGUUAAACAACGAAACAGUCGGACCACAGAAAUGCGUUGUGCAAGCUGCUGAGACUUGGACAUUGCCAAGUGGUUUAGAAUCUAGACCCUGUCCGUAUUAGCUGAGCCUUAAUUAUUAAUAGCAUAAUAUUUCCACUAGUGUUGAUCUUGAACACUUAGGCUUGUGCUCUCUUUCAACCCCUACUUAGUACAAAACUAGUCAUACAACUUUAGAUAGUAAUCCAUGGGUAUUGCAACCCGAAUCCAAUUAGUGUUUGGAACAUUAGAAGCCAAAGCCAGCAGCUUGUUAAACAUUGAUUGAGGGAGAGUGAUAGGUACAGUGCUGAAAGUGAGUCAUCAGGUGUCACUUGGCCAGCUUUGCUAGCCACAGACUGGCACUGAACCUACAGAUGUACCCUUACAGAAAAACCACAUGAUUUCACAUAAAAUGUCAUGUGAAAAGUUUUUUUUGGACCACCACGUCUUCACGUGUAGUUUCAUGUAGUCACAUGUUGCUUUCCAUGUUGUCACGCUAUCACAUUAACUUCACGUAAGAUCACAUUAAAACGUGUUUUUAGAACACUGUGUUCCCGUGUGAAAUUCAUGUGUGUGUGUGUGUGUGUGUCCCCCGUAAGUGUAGGUUCUUUGUUGUUCCAGAAGAAAGUGUCUCCCUUCUUACAGUACAAUCCAUGUCGGUAGACUAAAGCAGUCGUUGGCUAAUCUAUUAAUAAGUACGACAGAGACUUUGGCCCUGUUCAUAGCAUAAUGCUGUCUGUUUACAAAUACAUUGUAGAGCAUUGUGAAUUAUAGCUGAUGUUGUUGAAUUAUAUAUUCCUUUCCAGGUUGAGAGUCUACCGUUGGCGACGGUGUUUUAUGAUCUAAUUAUACAUUUACAAAAG